UCAAACGCUCAUGAUAGCAUGUGUGAGCCCUUCAGAUCGAGACUUCAUGGAAACCUUGAACACCUUAAAGUAUGCCAACCGGGCACGGAACAUCAAGAACAAGGUGAUGGUUAAUCAGGACAGAGCUAGUCAACAAAUCAAUGCUUUGCGCAGUGAGAUCGCGCGGCUACAGAUGGAGCUCAUGGAAUACAAAACAGGUAAAAGGAUUAUAGAUGAAGAAGGCGUUGAAAGCAUCAAUGACAUGUUUCAUGAAAAUGCGAUGCUGCAAACAGAAAACAACAACUUGCGUGUUAGGAUUAAAGCAAUGCAAGAAACUAUGGAUGGGCUGAGAGCCAGAAUAACACAACUUAUGAGUGAUCAGGCCAACCAAGUGCUAGCCAGAGCAGGAGAAGGAAAUGAAGAAAUUAGCAACAUGAUUCAUAAUUACAUAAAGGAAAUUGAAGAUCUCAGAGCAAAAUUAUUAGAAAGUGAAGCAGUGAAUGAAAAUCUUCGAAAAUCUUUGUCAAGAGCUUCAACAAGACCCAUGUACUUUGGUGGACCAUCAGCAUUUUCUGCUUCUAUGCUUUCUUCAGAGAAGGAGACAAUGGAAAUUCUAGAUAUGGCCAAGAAAGAUCUAGAAAAGCUGAAAAAAAAAGAAAGGAAAAAGAAAAAGAGGCUACAGAAACUUGAGGAAAGCAGUCAAGAAGAAAGAAGUGUUAAAGAAGAUAACACAGAUAAUGAACAGGAGAAGAGAGAUGAAAAAGGCACUUCGGAGAGAGAGAAUAAUGAAUUGGAAGCAGAGGAAAUUCAGGAAGCAAGUGAUCAUGAGGAUGAAGAAGAGGAGGAUGAUGAGGAUGAAGAUGACAUGGAAGUUGUCGAAAGCUCAGAUGAAUCAGAUACUGACUCUGAUGAAAAAGAAAAUUAUCAAGCUGACUUGGCAAAUAUCACUUGUGAAAUAGCCAUUAAGCAGAAACUGAUAGAUGAGCUAGAGAACAGCCAGCGAAGGUUGCAAACACUGAAAAAACAGUAUGAAGAAAAACUAAUGAUGCUACAGCAUAAGAUUCGAGAUACUCAGCUUGAAAGGGAUCAGGUUCUUCAAAACUUGGGUUCUGUAGAGACCUAUUCAGAAGAAAAGGCAAAAAAAAUCAAGUCAGAAUAUGAAAAGAAACUCCAAGCCAUGAAUAAGGAACUGCAGAGGCUUCAAACAGCACAAAAGGAACACGCACGAUUGCUUAAAAAUCAGUCUCAAUAUGAAAAGCAACUGAAGAAACUGCAGCAGGAAGUGACAGAGAUGAAGAAAACCAAGGUUCGCUUGAUGAAACAAAUGAAAGAAGAGCAGGAGAAAGCUAGAAUGACUGAAUCCAGAAGAAAUAGAGAGAUUGCACAGCUUAAAAAGGAGCAACGCAAACGAGAGCAUCAGCUGAAGCUUCUGGAAGCUCAGAAAAGAAAUCAAGAAGUUAUCUUACGUCGCAAGACUGAAGAGGUUACAGCCCUUCGUCGGCAAGUAAGGCCUCUGUCUGAUAAAGUGGCAGGAAAAGUAAGUCGAAAGCUGAGCCUGCCUGAGCAUCCUAUACAAGAAACAAGUUCUAGCUCAUCAGUCGAGCAUGAUGGUUCAAGAACAGCAGCACAACAGAAAAUGAGAAUUCCUGUUGCAAGGGUUCAAGCAUUAUCUGUAACUGCAACAAAUGGAACAGGAAAGAAAUAUCAGCGGAAAGUGGUGACAAGUAGAGUUUACUCCUCAAAGGCUGCCAGGAUGAAGUGGCAGUUACUUGAACGCAGAGUGACUGAUAUCAUCAUGCAGAGGAUGACCAUUUCCAAUAUGGAGGCAGAUAUGAACAGGUUACUUACGCAACGUGAAGAACUUACAAAAAGAAGAGAAAAGCUUUCAAAGAAAAGAGAGAAGCUCAUCAAGGAUGGGGGUGGCAGUGAAACAGAUAGAAAUGUCCAAAACAUAAAUGAAGAGAUGGAAUCACUAACUGCAAAUAUAGACUACAUUAACGACAGCAUUUCUGACUGCCAAGCAAACAUUAUGCAAAUGGAAGAAGCAAAGGAAGAAGGGGAGACCUUGGAUGUAACAGCAGUGAUUAAUGCUUGCACUCUGACAGAGGCUCGGUAUUUGCUUGAUCACUUCCUCACGAUGGGUAUCAAUAAGGGUCUCCAAGCAGCUCAGAAAGAAGCUCAGAUUAAAGUUCUUGAGGGACGUCUUAAGCAGACAGAAAUUACUAGCGCUACUCAAAACCAACUGCUAUUUCAUAUGCUAAAAGAAAAAGCUGAGUUAAAUCCUGAACUCGAUGCUUUGCUGGGUCAUGCUUUGCAAGACCUAGAUAGCAUACCAUUGGAAAAUUUGGAAGAUAGUACUGAUGAGGAUGCUCCAUUGCAUAGUCCUGGAACAGAAGGAAGUUCAUUGUCUUCAGAUCUUUUGAAGCUUUGUGGUGAAGUCAAACCCAAGAGCAAGGCCCGCCGGAGGACCACUACCCAGAUGGAAUUGCUAUAUGCAGACAGCAGCGAUUUGGUCUCUGACAUCAAUGCUGCAGACUCCACUUUGGCUGGCCCUCUUGCGUCAGUUGCAGAAACCCAAGAAAGUGGGAUGGCUGCUGACACAAAUGAUUCUUCUGCUAGGGACAGAGAGUUUGUUCCCCCACCAUCUGGCUUACCUUCUAAGAUAGGCAGCAUUUCUAGACAGGCAUCUCUGUCAGAAAAGAAGAUACCUGAGCCUUCACCUUUAACAAAGAGAAAAGCAUAUGAGAAAACAGCGGAAAAGACAAAGGCAAAAGAACAAAAACUCUCAGAUUCUGGAGCCCCAGAGGCUAGUCUGUCACCUCCUACUUCCCCACCAAGCCGGCCCCGUAAUGAAAUGAAUGUUUUUAGCCGUCUUACUGUUUCUCAGGGAAACACAUCAGUUCAGCAAAAAAAAAGGAAGUCUGAUGAAAGUGAUUCCUCUCUGUCGGAGGUACACAG